GGCGCCAGGGCUCCGGGAGGGCGGCCUGGGCCCCGCGGGGAAGCCCACCCUGCCGCGGGGCGGGCGCGGGGGUGUCCGAGCCGCUCCCUCCCCGCCCCGGCCCCACCUCCGGGCCGCCGGCACCGCCCGCCUCCCGCGGAGCCAGGGGCGCCGCUCCCGCCGGACCCGAGCGGCCGCCGCCUCACGCCGAGCCCGCGCCGCCCCCGGGGACCCGCGGGCGUCCUCAGAGGCUUCAUCAGUACUGCUCUGUCCCCCUCCGUCACUUGGAUGAGCUGUUUGGAUGGCACGGUGGUUACACCUGUGUCCCCAGGACGGAUCUGAACCGAUGGAAAACUCUUCAUGUCCACCAGCAGACCGUGUAUUUGUUCUGUCCCAACAGCUGCGCACGUACAAGAGAGCUGAAGAGCAGCUGCUGUGGUCUGCAGCCCUCUGGACCUGGGCCAAGCCAUUUCAGCACACUUAAUGUGGCAGAAAGCUCGUCUGCCAAGAAGGUCCCUUGGUGUGCUGAAUGUGGGGUAAGCUCUGAGGGAAAUCUGUAUAGCCUGCUGAAAGAAUGGCGACCUGAAGAGACUACUACUAAUAAUAAAGAUUCUUCUUCUUAAUCCUUCUUUUGAUCCUGGGCUACAGUCAGAAGAAAUUUGGACCAUCCACAGAAGAUCAUCUUGGAGGUGCACUGCAGGUAGAGGCCUAAGAGUUUUGCUUUUCAUGUACGAUAAUACUCAGCAUGUUGUUAUUGUAUCACAUGCUGGCCGGAGCCUUUCUUCCGUUCCUCCUCCUUUCAGGAAACUGGGUUUCAGCUGAGAACAUCAACUUUUACAAUGUGAGACCUCCACUAGACCCCACUCCAUUUCCAAACAGUUUUAAGUGCUUUACCUGUGAUAAUGCGGUGGACAAUUACAACUGUAACAGAUGGGCUGAAGAUAGAUGGUGUCCUGCAAGUACUCAGUACUGUUUGACAGUUCACCUAUUCACAGACCACGGGAAGAGUACAUCAGUCACCAAAAAAUGUGCUACUGGAGAAGAAUGCCAUUUUGUAGGCUGCCACCAUCACCGAGAAAGUGGCCACACAGAAUGUGUUUCGUGCUGUGAAGGCAUGAUAUGCAAUGUAGAAAUCCCAACCAAUCACACAAAUGCAGUAUUUGCUGUGUUGCACGCCCGGAGAACGUCGGAUGGCAGCAGGCGGACAGUCAACGUUGCAGUGCUUGUAUCAGUCAUGAUGAUCGCGUGGUCGUGAUGCAGCAUCCUCCCGUUACACCUGCUUGAGAGGGCCUGCCUGCCUGUGGGCCAUAAAAAAUUGUAAGAAGAUUGUUUCCGUAUGUGCAAGGAGAAAUCACUGAUAGUCCUUAAUUACAGGAAAUGUAAGGGGACAGUGGAAAAACAAGGGGACAUCAUGAAGUCCUUGGAUAUUUUAGUGAAGAUGCCGUACGGCCUGCAGUAUUUAAGAAAAAAAUAACCCACAACAACCCACUGGUUGGCUAGGCAGUGGGGUGAACUCAAGUUAUUAUAAUUCACUAUAUUAUGAUGAAAAUACACAUAUGCUUGGCAUGUUUUUUGAACAGAGAAAAGUGUCUGUAGACAAUCGUUUUCCCAGGUGAGAUAAAAAUGGAACUUCCGAUGGAUAAUGUGCCACCAGGUAUCUCAAGGGAAACUGUUUCUGAACUGUAUUUCAUUGUGCAUAAAUAACAGAGUUUCUUGUCUUGAUCAACAGAUGUAUUUAAGCUUAUCUUCAGUUAUGGUUUUCAUAGAGAACAUGCACGGUUUUCAUAGAGAACACACAUGAGAGGAUUUCUUUUUCUGUUUUGAUCAGAGCUAUCGUUUCGAUGGGAAAUAAUACAAAAUAAUACUUUAUAUCUUUUCUGCAGAAUGUUUUCUCACACUCAGAUUUUAAAAGUGUGAAAUUAUAUAGAAUUUCUGUCUAAAAAUUAUGAACUGUUUGAGCACCUAAAUCAGAAUUCCUUUUUUCCCUGCCUCAAAGGGGUUGUUUUGUUGCAAUAGAGUCUCACCUCAGCUGAAUCUUUGCCUUUGUGAUAUUGUUCAAAGUGGUGGUAAUACCGGGGCUUUGAAAUUGCAGCUACGUUAUCAUAAAAAUUGUAACUUGGUAUAAAUAAGGAGAGAAGUCUACUGGGUUCUCUCUUGAUUUGCAGAAGUUUCUCCCACAUGUUACUGUCCUCGAUGGAUCAUCGACUUGUAAGUCAGCACUGUCGGAUAUCCCAGACCUCAGGACACGAUUGUUAUGUAGCUUUGCCACCCCUGUUUGAAAAGUUUGGGCCAAGAUUCUGUUUUUCGUUAUAAUAAUGGGGAGUUUAGUGUGAUUUAUUUGACUAUUUGACUCCUUAUCAUUUAGAUGACUGUUCAUGAAUUACAUGAACACUUGCAAAUUUGGCAAGUAAUAGAGUUUAGAUUACAGUUAUAUGUACUAAAACCCUCUUGGUUUUCCUUUGUAAACCUUGUGAUGCGGAUGUUAAUAAGUUGCUUGGGUGAACUCUCACACGUAGCACAGUACAGUGCUCUCCAGGGCUCCGAGAGAUCGAGCUGUUAGAGACUGGCCUAAAACACAGUCUGGGAGGUCAGACUUACAGUGUCUGCCCUGGUUACUUCAUUAAUGCAUGUUCUUUGCACUGCAAACAUCCUGAUCCUAGAGACCAGCGGGUACUGAAGUUAUACGACUUCUCAGUACAAUUUUAUGUGAUCCAAAUACCUAACAAAUUUCAGCUGCUCCUUUUGCCCAGGUGUGUUUCUUCCAAUGCCCCAGCAGUUGAAAACAGAUUUUUGAAAUGUUUGUGUUUUGGUUUGCAUUCUAAAAUUGCCUACACAAUACUUCUAGAAUAUAGAAAUAUGUCUAAAAGCCUAUGAUUUGCUGACAGGCAAUUGCGUAGUUAUAAAAAAUGGGAUGGCGACACUUCCUCCUUGCCAAUGCAAACUAGUUCUUGCUGUCUAAGUCAAGGUUUUCCAGGCUCUGGGUUCUGAUCACCGUUGUUGUUCCAUCCAGCAGGCCAAGAUGCUGAGGAUGUUUUGAGGAAUUUUUUCCUUUGUUCAGUGAUCAUCCCUAGGUAACAUAUCUGUAGUAUUAAUCUUGGUGUCAGACAUAGCAACCAGCACAUUCAAUGUGUUUUGGCAUUAAACAUCAUCUUUUUGCUACAGGAUCUACAGGGUGCUUGGGGUUUUUUUUUGGGGGGGGAAAAUCAUUCCAGGUUUGCUCUCUGCUCAAGGGGGAAUUCCUUAGUAAAGUGAAAGCAAGUGGUCUUCCGUGUUUCAGGUCACGCUAUUCUUUGUGGUUUUGUGUCUAAGUACUAGAUGCUCCCAUAAUUCAGUUUCUGGGAAUAAUUGUUGCAGUCUUAACAAGGCCUUAAAGUGCCCUAUACUCUUCUAUGAGUUUACUGUAAAUAUUUUACAAUAAUCUAAGUGCUGACAUCUGUUUACACUGCAAAUGCCAUUCCAGAGCGUUUGGGAGUGCCAGGGAGACCCUGGAGAGCUGCCCAGAGGGAGGGCUCAGGUGCAGAGGAAAUGGGUGCAGGUUCUCUGCGACUGCCAAAAGACCUUUUGGGAGGGGAGCUCUCUGUGUGUUUGUUUUUCUUGGUUGAACUGAAAUUUUCUUUUCCUGUUUGCCACACUGAAAGUUAAGAAAUCUGCUCAUAAUUUAAAUACUUCUACUUAAUGCAUUUGGUAAAGAAUUGUUUGGAAUAAUUAAAAAAAAAUUUAAAAAUCCACUGGAGUGCCAAAAUAGUAUGUUUGAUUUUAAUUGUCAUCUUUUUAAAAUUAACAAUAAAGUCAGCAGCCUGGGUAUAUGAAAGGA